AAGAAAAUAAUUGAACGAGUCGGACGUGCGCGUCGGGUAGUUCGUUGUUUCACAUAAUUUGUUCGUAGUGUGUUUGGAAAAACAAAGCAACAGAAAAUACAAGUUUUUAAAUCGCGCAAACAAUAAUAUACGCAAUGAUAAAUAUAGCAUAUUCUUAAUGUACGCAAUAUUAGUUAAAUUUAUGCUAAAAUCGUUUGUGCGCGUCGUCGUCUCCUUUUGAUUUGUUACGACAAAUAUCCAGCAGCAACAACAACAACAAGUGAAAGUGUAAAAGUAACAACAUAAAUAGUUGUAUUAAUAACAACAGCAACAACAACUACAACUGAGCACAUUGCACAAACUGUGGAUUACGCCGCAAAAGCAGGAAUUAAUACUCGUUAUCGUUACUCUUGCAACUGUUGCAAAUAAAAAGUGAACCUGAACAACGAGUGGAAUGACUCAAAUGUAGAGCAAGAGCAUGCAUAUUCAUAUUCAUAUUCAAAAAAGGCAAAAUGAGUCAACAAGAACAUGAAAAACAGCAGCAGCUGGAAAAAGGAACUGCACUGAAAUCAAAGAUCUAAAACAAAAGACUUGGGUCUACAACAAAAAGACUCCUCUUUCUCUCCAACUCUCUGUCGAUAGAAGACUCUUCAUUCUCCAUUCGCAACUGAACUCUUAAAUCGAAAUCAAAAUGAACUCUGUCAUCUCAGCAUUUAAAACCAAAAAGAGCAACAACUCGAGUAGUUCAACUGUAACAACAACCACAACAGCAACAACUGCUGCUGCUGCCACCGCAACAGCAACACAGCAACAACAACAACAUGUUGGUCUAAGUAUUUCAAGUGUUGGCACCCGCAAAAAGCCAGUGGCCCAGGAUAAUGGCUAUCAAUAUUUGAGACAAAUACGUGAAAUUGAGACGGCCAACAAGUUGCUCUCACCAGUUGUGGCAGUUACCGCCGAUGAUUUGCAUGUGCUCAGCAAGAGUUUGUUGGAUAGUGACUUCCGUCCAGUUACUGUGGAUGCCUCAACAGAUGUGGGCUCCGAUGUGGUCGAUCAUUGUGCGCCUGCCAUGGUGCGUUUAUCCUGCACGGCGGAUGCACACUCCGAUUACAACAUGAACGGCAAGACGAAUGGCAUCAAGUUGAGUCUGGCCGAGAAUGGGAAUAUGGAUAUUUGUGCAUUGUCGUGUGGCAGACAGAGUCCGCUGCCGGCGGAUGAUGAUGACAACUCGGAGCAUUCGACGGCCGCUUGCAACAGCACGAGCAGCUCCAGCGAACAUAGCAACAGCACCGUGGUGCACAGUCCAACGGUGGUUGCAGCCCCGCCACAGCCCAGUUCCAGCUCCUCCAGUUCCAGUACAGGAAAAUCGGAACAACUUGUUGUCUGCACUGUAAACGGUGACAGUGGCUCCCAACAACAAACGCCGCUGGCAUCGCCAGUGAUGUCGACCCAGGGACAUGAGGAUUAUGUGCCAGCUUUUCUCAAGGCCCCGCCCGUUACAUUGCCCCUCAACACGACUUCCACGCCCGCCAUCAGCUCUGCGGCCAGCACGCCCAAGCAUACGCGCUACUCGAAGCCUCGCCUGAGUCUGAGUCGUGGCUUCAAUCACUCCAUGCCUUCGGUUCAUGGUCGACCCGCUCUCAGUGUGGCACCAACAACGGCAGCGGGUCAAAAUGGAGCCCAGACAAAUGGUCAACCGCCCAAACGCAUUUCCACGCACCAAAGGAACUUGAGUUUAGAUUUCAGAUCCAUGGGCAUAUUGCUGCCGCCUGUGUCGCAGGUGACAAACACACGCAUAAAUCACACGCAACAUCAUCGCAAUCGGAGUCUUGACAGUGCCCUGCAACGCAUACCCGAGGUGGAAAUCUCGUCGCCCAAUGCAGAAAGCGAGACAACAUUUUGCUCACCAUCAUCGAUACUCAGCACGAAUAUGUGCUCGAAGAUUGCAACAACAGCGGCCAGUGUAACUGCUGCACUCUCCACAUCCACAUCCUCCACCUCCACCUCCCCCCCGCCAAUGCCAGCCGUCACUUGUAUGGCAGCCAACAACAACACAGCGUUGCCUCCAACAGUUGCCACAAUGGUGAAGCCAGCAACGGAGACGCCACCAAUCAAUGUGCACAUACACGAGCAACGCAAUCUGCAUAUAGCCAAUGGAUCCGUGGUUGAUUCGUGUCCCACGUUACGCAUGCGUCCCAAGUCGAGUGAAUCGAUGUCGACGCGGGCACAGGACAUUGUUGGUGUCAUCGGUGGCAGCAACGGCGGCUGCAGCAGCAGCAGCAACAGUUGCAGCAGCGCCGGCAGCAGCAAGAAGCGCGAGGAUUUGACUAGUCUUGGAUCCGAUGACUCCGGCAUCAUCUGUGGAUCGGAGUCGGAUCAAAUCUCAUUGAAUCGCAUAUGCCACUCACAUGAAUCUCUCGAUUCGGGUGAAAUGGAUGCCGAUGCCGAUGCUGAUGCGGAUGCGGAUGCCGAGGAGGAAUGCAUCGAUAUGAUGGAGACAACGUCCAUGGAUGAGGACUACGAUGUAAUGCAAUCGGAUCUAUGCUUCUAUCCUGCCAACGAUUUCGAUUGUCGCACAUUGCGUCCGUCUCGCAAACAAAAGCAACAGAAACGGGAACAGGCCAAGUUACAACAACAAUUGCAACUGCAACUGCAACUGCAACAACAGCAGCAGCAGCAGCAGAAACAACAACAACAGGAGCAGGAGGAGGAGGAUCAAUUCGAUGUGGAUGCUCGUGUGCGUUAUCGUGUGAUGAACAUGUCACAGGCAGCCAUCAACCUGGAGCUCGGCACAGCGCCCAACGAGAUUGAGCCCGUGCUGGACGAGGAUGAGCACGAGGAUGAGGAACAGGAGCAGCAGCAGCAGGAGAUGGAGGAGGCACAUUCAAUGCCCACGUCGCAGAGCACGUCCAGUAAUAACAGCAUGAUUGCAGUUGCCACAACGCCCACAGCGACAACGACACCCGUUGCCACGCCCACUCCCACACCCACACCCAUUGCCACGCCCACGGAGAGCACAAAGAAUGAUCAGGUGCUGUUCAAGAAUUUCUUUGGUGCCACCAAGAUGGCCAUCUUUCGCACGGCCCAAAGCAUUAUCGAGAAUCACGAGAAGAAGAAUGCGGCCAAGCAGAAGACAGAGGACACUGCAACAGCUGCCACAAUGGGGCAUGCCACGGGCAACAGUUCAGCGAUAGCGCCACAGGAUCAGGUCAAGUCACCCACGGAUAUAUCCAAGAAGAAGGAGUUCUUCAGUCUGCUCACCUCGAAUUCGAGUAAAAAGGCCGCUGCAGCUGCCGCCGCAGCAGCUGCCACGACCACGCCCACAACGAUUGUUACGCCCACCUCAGAGGCAACCACUGAGGGGACUCCUGGUGACUCCUCCGCCUCCACGGAGGUAAAGAUCAAGGAGCGCACACUGAAUCUACGUUUGCCAGGAGCUGAAACUGAAACAAAUCCCGAUGUAACGCUGCCCAAGAGCUCCUCCAUCAGUUCGCUGCACAAGCUGAAGCUGCCGGUGCCCGGCGUGGUCAAGUACUUCAUCAGCGAACGUGCUCCGACCACGAGUUCCCAGCAGCAGAGUGCGGAACGUGGUCCCAGCGGCCUCUUGAGAUUCUUUGAAUCGCCCGUGUUCAAUAUUCACUUUGCUGUCCACUAUUUGUUCUACUCCAAGGAGCCGGGCGUGCUGAGCUUUAUUGGCAACAAGAUCUUCAGUUUUCCGGAUCACGAGGUGGAUCUGUAUAUACCGCAAUUGAUUGUCAUGUACAUUCAAAUGGAUGAGCUGGCCGAGGUGUUGGAUCCCUAUUUGACCAUUCGAUGCCGCAAGUCUGUGGACUUUUCGCUCAAGUGUCUGUGGCAGCUGGAGGCGUACAACUAUCAGAUGGAUUCCCUGGGGAACAGCAGCAGCAGCGGCAGUCGCAAAUCCAAGCUGGCCCUCAUGAAGGAGAUCUUCUCGAAGAAGGAGCACAAACAGCAAACGAGAUCCGAGUCGUCACAUGGCCCAGCUGCUGCCGCACUGAUGAAGAAGACGCAUCAUCGCUCCCAGUCGGAUGCCACAGUUCUGCUCACCGAUUCCCGCAGUCCGCACACGUUGAGCAUCAGCCAUCGGAUGUAUCAACAGCCGCCGUAUACGACCCAAACAUUGCCCACAACUCCCGCCAAGCUGUGUCUGGGCGAUCUCACCUCGGGACAUGCCUUCGACAACGGUUGCACCUGCUUCGAGACGGUGCGUGGACAGGUGAAUGGAUUGCUCGGACAGCGCACGUUGUGCAAUUGUGGUGCACCCAAGACGGCGCCACAGAAGGAGUUCAUGAAGGCGCUCAUCAAUGUGGGCAAGAACCUCACCUCGUUGCCCUCCAAGGCGGAGAAGACAUCGGCGCUGCGGAUGUUCCUCAAUCUGAUCAAUAAGAAUUUGCCUGCUCGCGUUUGGUUGCCACUCUACUCGGACAUUCCACAUCAUGUGGUGCGCAUCACAGAGGAGAAGACUGCCGUGCUCAACUCCAAGGAUAAAACACCAUACAUCAUCUAUGUGGAGGUUGUCGAAGUCUCUGAUAUUUACACAUCUCCUUUGAUUCCAAAGAUGAUGCCCUCGCUGCGACAUACCAAAAGCGAGGAGCACUUGGAGGGAUCGUGUCUGAAUACGCAUCCCAGUUGCAGUCGCACCUCCAGCUGCAGCAGUAGUCAUCAUGGUUCCAGUUGCCGCCGCAAGAAGCCAACGGAGACGCUGGCGGAGAAUGGUUGUGGCGAGCCGGCAACACAUAAUAAUAACUGUGGCAAUCUGCUCUCACUGGGCGGACUCCAACUGCAGGAGGAUGAUGUGUGGUCCCAGGAGGAUGAUGAGAUCACGGCGCAAUACUUGAACAUGCGCAAGAACAGCGAACGGGAUGCCAUUUCACAGAUGUCCUUGGACUCGUGCGACUCCAGAGAUCAAGGUCCACCAGUUGUCUUCAACAUUGGCGAUGUGCGAACGCGACAUUGCAACAAUUUGAAUUGUGAGAACACAAAGUCGUUUAGCAAUGAUCCCGAGGAUCCAUCGGCAGCAGCUCUAAAGGAACCCUGGGAUGAGAAGGAGAAACUAAUACGUGAAUCCUCGCCAUAUGGUCAUCUCUCCAGCUGGCGCCUGCUCUCCGCCAUUGUCAAGUGUGGCGAUGAUUUGCGCCAGGAGCUGAUGGCCACACAGCUUCUACAGAUGUUCAAGAUUAUUUGGCUGGAGGAGCAUGUGGAUCUUUGGGUGCGUCCAUAUAAGAUCAUUUGUCUAUCGAAUGACAGCGGUUUGAUUGAGCCCAUCUUGAACACCGUCUCGUUGCAUCAAAUCAAAAAGAACUCCAACAAAUCCUUGCGGGAUUACUUUAUAGAUGAAUAUGGAACGCCAACGGGCGAAACCUUUCGUCGUGCCCAAAAGAAUUUUGUGCAGAGUUGUGCGGCAUAUUGCCUGAUAUCGUAUCUGCUGCAGGUUAAAGAUAGGCAUAAUGGAAAUAUACUCUUCCAUUCCGAUGGACACAUAAUUCACAUCGACUUUGGCUUCAUUCUGAGCAUAUCUCCAAAGAACUUGGGUUUUGAGCAGUCACCAUUUAAGCUCACACACGAAUUUGUCGAUGUUAUGGGCGGCACCAGCUCCGAGCACUGGCGGGAGUUCAAUCGCCUGCUCCUAGUCGGAAUGAUGUCAGCACGCAAGCACAUGGAUCGUAUCAUAAACUUUGUCGAAAUUAUGCGCAGCAAUGCUCAUUUGCCGUGCUUUAAGAAUGGCUGUUCCGGCACCGUACAGAAUCUCCGUAAACGUUUCCAUAUGAAUUUAACUGAGCAGGAAAUGGAACGCAAAGUUGAGCAGCUUGUUCAGGACUCGCUGAAGAGUCUGUCAACCAAACUGUACGAUGGUUAUCAAUAUUAUACGAAUGGCAUAUUGUGAGAACGGUUUUUCAUGAAAAUCUAAACGAAAGGCAAGCCGGGAAAUCGAUGAAAAACCAACUCAUCUUCAACAACAUCAUCAACAUGGAUCAUCGAGCCGAUCUGAUAAAAAAAAAAAAACCAAAACUAUGGACUGACUUUUUGUUUUAAAGAAAAUUUAUUAUAUAUACACACGUGCAUAUAUAUAUACAUAUAUAUAUAUAUAUGUAAACUAUAUUGUGAAAUGUAGUACUUUAACAGAAAAAGAUGAGAAAUGCAAGUGAAGGUGUAAAGAAAGAUUGUGUGUGUACCAAACAACAACUGUUAUUGCAGCCAAAAUCGCUGAUUGUGCGUAUUGGCAUUGUUAUUAUUAUAUAUUAUAUUUAGGCUAAAGUGUAUGUUGUCUAACUUUUAAGUAUAUAAAAAAGAGUGUAAAUGUAAUUUUUGACUGUAUUUCGUCUGUCUGUCAGUCUGAUCCGUAUCCGUGUCCUAUAAUCGGUCCUUGCAUUGCAUUUAGCAAUAAUCAUAUUUAAUAAUCAGCGACUUGUAUAUAUUUAAGAUCACAACAACACAUUUAACGAUCCCUCGAUCCUUAUACAUAAACAUAUAAAUAUUUGUAAUUAUUAUUAUUAUUUCAAACAUCUUGGCACCAUUUUUAAGCUCUAAUCAAUCAAACUGCACCAAGCUUUCCAUUUAUAUUAAUUCAUGCCACUAAUGUGUAAAUACAAAUAAAAAUUUAUGAAAUUCCAACAUUUAUCGGGUUUUAUCGAAACUAAAUCAACUUAAAUACGAUUACGAGUUCUAUCCAACAAUAUAGGCAUUAUUUAUAAAUUAUAAAUAACAUAAUAACAAUAUCAUAUGGAUCAAAUGUGCCGCAAUUUAAAAAAAUUACAUUUUCAUCUCGUAUUUUCGUAUUCGCCCUUUAAAUUUUUCACAUAUUUGUAUAUAUUAUCUAUGCCUAUAGCUAUACCUUUACCCAUUGCUAUAUCUUUAUCUCUAUAAAUGUAUCUACAACUACUUCUUAAUACGAACGGAACAUUUUUUCUAACUUUAUAUAGUCUUAACUAAGCUAUCAUAUUAAAGGGAUAAAUCAAAUUAUACGCAAAUGUACUAAAAUUAAUAGUUAGGCACUAAAAGUGUAAAUUUCAAGCUUGUUUAUGUGAAAAACAAUAUUAUAAUAUCGUACACGCAUGUACGUACCAUAUGUAAUAAACAUUAAAUAUUAA